CUGGAGCAUGCAGCACUAAGACCAGAUGCUGGCGAACCCAACAACGCAGCGUAAACUCACCAGUUGGAGCAGCGAAUUGACCAUGUACUCGAGAUGAUCGACGACAUCAGCACUUUCGCCACACCCGCCUCCAUCAGCGAGCAGCUCGACGCCUUGAAGAUUGAGGUUCGACAACUACACCAGCCGCCUGACAACAAUGGCAGCACCAGUGCAUCGUGGCAGUACAAGAUGCCAACGUUCUGGAUCGAAAAAUUUGAUGAUUAUACGCAUCAGGACCCGGUCACCUGGUGGCAGGGCUUUACGACGGCGCUUCGGAUUCAUCAGGUCCCAGAUCACUUGUACAUCUCGGCGUUGUUCCUCAAUGCCAGGGGCGGAUGCCAGAUCUGGCUCAGCCACAUGGCAACCAUCCACGGCGUCCAGGUCGCCGACCUACACAAAAAUAUCUCUUGGGAAGAUUUGAUGAAGGAAUGGAAAAAGAGGUUCAUUGUUGACGACGCCCCGAUGCUCGCCAUCAAUCGCCUCUUCCAGACGCUGCUCCCCACCAUGGAGCAUCUGCGAGGAGAUGGGGGUGCUGCGAACGCGGGUGUGGCUGCUGGUAUGGGUGCGCGCUUCCGGGGGGACGCGUGGAUGCUGCUGGUGGGUGCGUUGGCUAAGAACGGUUUGGUGAGCGUUGUGAAGCAGGGUGGGAAGUUCUAUGUUUUCUCGAGAGUGUUCUGCCACGACCAGCGCGUUUGGCACUGUUGUUUUCAAUCAGGGUCUGCUUCAGCGGCGGUGAGCGUCAUCAUCUUCACGCCGCAAGUCUCGGUGCUCGCGGGCGAUGUUGAGGGGUGCUUUAUGGGAUUGCAGAACUGGUUUGUGAGCGUUGUAAAGCAGGGGAGAAGUCGAGUUAUGUUUGAUGAUCAGAUGACCAUCAACGGCGGGUAUACAACAUCGGCUAUAUCGUACGAGAUAGGAGAAGAAGGAGAAGAAGAGAUGGCGAAUCAGCUUCCAUUUAAUGGUCUGCCCCAACAAACUUAUGGUAGUAUGGUCCAACCAACGGCCCCCGCAGGUAUCGUCACAUGUUAUAUCUGUGGGAAAGCUGGUCAUUAUGCAAGGAACUGUUGGAGUGCUGGGAACGGGAGGCCCAGCCCUCCCCACCCGUCGUAUCCUCCCUAUCAUCCUCCUCCGAUGGCUGCUUCAGCACAGAAUCAGAAUGACGAAGAGACAACGAAAAUGAAGGAAUAUUUCAGGAAGAAGUUACGGAUGCAGAAGUUGGAAGAUGAGAAGAAGGAGAGAGAGAUCGAAGAAAGAAAGAAGAAAGAGGAAGAGGAGAGGAAGGAAGUGGAUAGGUUGAGGGAAGCAGAUGCGAGAGAAGCCCGUUUGGAAGCCAGAUUGGUGAGGCUCCUGUCGCAGCAGACGAAGGCGUCGGUCGGAUUGUCCAUUCCGGUGAAAAAGAAGUCUCCUACUACGAAAGCUCAGGUAUCAAAAGAGAUUACUAGUUAUUUAGAAGAGUCCGAGGAUGAAAGUGAGGAGGUUAAGCAGGAGGCGGGAAGGCUGAUCGAGGCGAUAGAAAGGAGGAAGGGGAAGAAGAGAAAAGACAAAGGUGAUUUAGAGACGACAAAGGUGGUUAGGAGAGGAGGCAAGAUUGGCCAAGCUUAUGUCUUACCAAAGGAUAAGGAUUUGGACAGAUGGAGACCCAUCUCCCCGGCAGUACAUGACCCGGCAAGCCUAGCAGGUGCAAGGGUUGGGAGGGCGGUAAGAUACAUGCUUCUCUGUUUCCAGAAAGGACACCACUUUGAUCUGAAGUCCACCGAUGAUUUGCGGGGAAGGUUUGAGCAGAUACGCAUAGAUUUGGGCAAGAAGGGCGGUGAUGUGUUAGCCAGGAGCUACGACAUCAAAGACAUGUUCGCAAAAUUGUCCCAUGAGGUUGUGCUAGACGCAGUAAGGUGGUUGUCAGAUUUCCAUAUUACUAGAGGCAUGUUGGGAGUACAAGUAAGCAGGAGAGGCAAGCUGUGUGCUAUGACGAGGAUCAGGAGGAAACAGGAAGGAUUUGUGCUUAUGACUUUCGGACAGAUCGAGAGAGCAGUCAAGUACGAGCUUGGGAACACUUACAUCCGGUCUGCUGGAGUCAUCUUGAGGCAGCAGUUUGGUAUUCCGAUGGGGAGAAGCUCGAGCCCUGCACUUGCAUGUUUAGUAUGUGCCCGAGCAGAGAGCGAUUUCCUGGGAAGUCUCGGGAGGGAUGCGGCUCUAGUAAGAGGUGUACGGAUGAUUGACGAUGUCUCCAUUUUUGUGGCAUGUAGCUUGAGUGAUGGAGUUACACACGUCAAAGACGUACAAGUAUUGGAGCGGUUUGAGGGGUGUUACGACCGGAAUUUGAAAUUGGUAAGAAAAGGUGAGGGCUGCAACGCCUUUGACUUCCUAGGAACACGAGUGGUGAUUUCACUCCAACCUCUGGAAUUUCAUAUUUUUCCACGAUCAAGGAAUCAGAGGUCACUGCUUGCAGAUGGGGUUCUGAAGAAGGAGUGCUUCUAUGGAGACCAUAUCAAUGGGUUGCGCCAUGGGGAAGGAUCUUACAUAUUUCCGAACCGUGUUUUCCGCUACCAUGGAGAUUGGCAAGGUGGUCAAAAGGAAGGGCAUGGUGUGCUCAUUGUUGGUGACUUGGCUUCUUACGAAGGAGAUUUUUGUGGGGAUGAAAUCACUGGCUAUGGUGUGAAGACAUGGAGAGGGCGGUCUGCACAGGCUAGGGAGUGCGUGUAUUCCGGUCAGUUUCUGAAAGGGGAGAUGCAUGGGCAAGGAGUAUUUUGGGGAGCUGAUGGGCACCGGGACUGUUUGGAGGUGAACAAAUCUUGAUAGUACGUAGCGGCGUAAUCCGUGACAGCGUAUGGGUUUGCGGCCUCCGGUUGGUCAGCAUUCAAUGGAUGUUUGAGUGAAAUUAUGGUGGUCUGCUUCGCUCUCAUCCUGGCCUUUUGGAAGAAGGUUUUCGCCAGGGUCCCGUCUGUGUGUAUACGCUUGAUUCUGGCCCGGAUUCUCCAUGUCUCCGCUUGGACUUCAAGGUAUUCUUGGAGGCAGUCUCUCGCCCGCUGUAGGUUAUCAUAUGUUUGGUUGUCCAGAGGGGCAGAAGACAAGUUGUCGUCUCAUUUUUCUAAUGUACUGAGAAGGUCCUCAAUGACUUUUUUUCGUUCCCUUUUUUUUUUUUUUUUGAGGGCGGCUUAAGAUCACUGCUUGUCUUGAGUAAACAGGCUUAAGAUCG